UGCGGCGUCGAGCGAACUCGUGCGUACAGUUUACAUUUUGACUUGCCUAUUGGUGUGUGAUGUGAUCUGAUUGGACCACUUAAAUCAUUGACGAGGAGUCAUCCUCUUGUCCUGUGACCUGGGAGUAUUCGUUCACGUAAAAUGGCAAGUCCGGUUAUUUUAUUAAUAGUGACUUUAAUAUGGAGAGUUACUGAAAUUAUUGCGUCUCCCCAGAUGAUUCAAAAAACAUUUACGUUAGAGGAGUUGAUACCCUUGCAAUAUGACUUCUUUCCCGAAAGAGUAGCGGUCGAUUGGAUUUCAGAUUCGGAGUACAUCAUUGUUGAGCCGGGUGCAAUUAAUAAAUACGACGUCGUCAGUGACAGUUAUGUUACCAUUUUGGAUCAAUCCGAAUUACUUAACUUGAGCCGCUUUGCAGUAUCAUCUUUCUCAAAAGACCAAAAAUACUUAUUGCUAACUGCGAAUAGGAAAAAGGUGUAUCGAUAUUCAAGUUUGGCAGAAUACUCGGUGUACGACCUUGAUAAUAAGUCAAUCUCUCACAUAGGCAAUGGCUCUCUACAAGUUGUAGUAUGGGGCAACGAUCACGCGCUAGCAUAUGUUCAAAAUAACAAUGUGUAUUACGUGCCUGAUGUCGCAAAUCCUGAUGAAGUAGUGGCGCUCACUGUUGAUGGAGUACCGGGUAAUAUUUACCAUGGCGUCGCAGAUUGGAUAUAUGAAGAGGAAGUAUUUAAUGCCGCGGAAGCAAUGUGGUUUUCGCCUAACGGAAGUUACUUGGCCGUGGCUUCGUUCAACGACACUGAAGUGGAAUCGGCUGUUUACCCUUACUACGGAGAGCCUUCUGAAUUCGACAAUCAAUAUCCUCUGAUGGUUAACUUCAAAUAUCCUAAGGCAGGUCGUACCAACCCAGCCGUCCAACUACGGGUUUUUAAAUUAAACGAAUCAAAGAUUGCAUCAACAAUAUUAGCACCGGUUGAUAUUGUUGGAUUGGAUCACAUUUUAGGAAGAGUAAACUGGGCCACAGAUAAUAACUUAAUUGUGUUAUGGUUAAAUAGAAGGCAGAACGUAAGCGUAUUAGUUAAUUGUGAUUUAAUACAAAAUAAAUGCAAUAUAAUGAAGCAUCAAACUGAACCUAAUGGUUGGAUUGAUAUUCGUGAACCAUUCUUUGAUAAAACUGGAACGAAAAUGUUGGAAAUACAGCCUUUACCUUAUAAGGAACAGAGAUUCAUGCAUCUAGGUCGUUUUGAUUUUAAUACGAUGCAAACUGAAGAUUUGUCUCCAGGAAAUUCAACGGUUACCGAGAUAUUAGGGUGGAACCUAGACACAGAUACAGCGUAUUAUAUUGUAUCUCCAGGAACAGAACCUUGGAAGAGACAAUUAUGGGCAACUUCUCGUGGAAAUGCAAAAUGUAUUACAUGUAAUAAAGCAAACUGUCACCAAGCUGACGGAAUGUUUUCAACGAGUGGUAGCUAUGCGAUUAUUUCGUGUAGCGCUAUAAAUGUGCCUGCUAUAACGUACUUUUAUAUGAGUCAGAAAGACACGUUCAAAAUUCUAACAGAAAAUAAGAGAUUGGCUCAGAAAUUAAAACAAUACAAGUUGCCCAUGGCUCUAUUCAAUAUGAUGCCGUUAGGAGAAGAUUUAAAGUCAAACGUCAAGCUACUAUUGCCUCCAGAAAUGGAAACAGGAAAAAAGUAUCCUAUGGUCGUUAGAUUAUACGCUGGGCCUGGGACUUCUAGAGUUCAAGAUAGUUAUGAUUUGGAAUAUUACAAUAUGUACUUAAGCAGCAAUCGAAGUUUCAUAAUAGCUUCUAUUGACGUACGGGGCUCGGGUGUAAUGGGGGUCGAAGCGAUGCACGCUGUCAACGAUGCUCUAGGGACAGUGGAGAUAACAGAUACGUUAGACGCGAUAAGGCGUUUAGUGAAAAUGUACUCUUUCAUCGAUCCUUAUCGUAUUGGUGUUUGGGGCUGGAGCUACGGUGGAUAUGCGAGCACCAUGAUGUUAAUCAAAGAUGAGGAGCAUACUCUCGCAUGCGCCGCUGCAGUCGCACCAGUCUCCUCCUGGCUCUACUACGAUUCAAUUUACACGGAGCGGUAUAUGGACACGCCACAAAAUAACCCAAAAGGUUAUGAGAAUUCGGAUUUGAUGAAAGUAGCUGAGAAAUUACGCGGGCGCCAGUAUUUGAUCGUGCACGGUACUGGCGACGACAACGUUCACUUCCAACACAGCUUGCAAUUGGCUAAGAAAUUACAGAGAGCCGACAUAGCUUUUGAGCAAAUGAGUUACACCGAUGAGAAUCAUUCCUUGAGGGGUGUGAGUCGACAUUUCUAUCACACGUUGGACCACUUUUGGACGGAGUGUUUCGAAUAAUAAUUAAAAGUAUUACUUAAAGUACAAGUUAAGACUGUGAUUACUGACUAUUAUAGUUAGUGACUCGAUGAAAUUAUUUAUUGUAUAGCGACAUCCAUAUUAUAUACAUUGAUAUAACUACUGUACAUUCUUAAAACUAUUUAUAAAUAUUUCACUUAAAAUAAUAAUUUUAUAAAUGUGUGUAUACGGUAGGUACCUA